GUGAAUGCCCCUCGUGAAUUUUUUCAUGAUUGUUCAUGUAAAACUUACAAUGUUUGAUUCGUAAAUUAAAAAUCCAACUCUACUACGGAAAUUUUGUUUUGCUCUGAGUUUACGAAUUACAUACAUAUGUUCUACUGAAUCGAGCUUGAGGGGUCCGAACACUGACUGGCAGCCUUUAAGUUAAUUUGCAACUCAAAAAAUUCUGACAAAGUCGAAAGAAGUUUAAUUAAUAAAAAACAUUUCCGAUGUCUAUUAUCAAAAAGAGGGAUAUUUGGAGUGACAGGGAAGUGCAGCAAAUGUUGUCUAUCAUAAGAGAAAACCACAUUCUCAAACUUAUGGAUAGUAAAGCAAAACGAAACAGAAGCAUUUUUGAGGAUGUGGCCGCAGAAAUGGCAGCAAAAGGCAUUCAAAGAAGUUCAACGCAAAUUCGAACCAAAUUUAAAGCAUUAAAAUUGGACUACUACAAAGUUAAACGAAAUAAUAAUAAAAGUGGUGCUAAGCGUCAAACGAGUGAGCAUUUCACUUUGUUGGACGAAAUUCUCGGACACCGUCCGGCAGUGACAUCAACUGGCUUAGACACUUCGUUGGCAGAAUUUUUAUCUGAUGAAGACACGCAACCAGAAAUGCAAGGUGGUGAGAAUGUAGCACCAAAUGUCUUGGAAGACACGGAUGGAGCCACCAAACCUUUCGGUCGGACAUUUAAGCGUACAAAAAAACUUAGCUACCAAAAGGCGGUUGAAAAUUUUUCUAAAGAAUGGAAAACCUCACAAAACGACUUAUUGGAUUAUAUGAAGACCCAAGAUGAGACGUUUUUGUAUAAGCAAGAGGAAAUUCUCAAAAUGAACCGCGAAGAGACCCAAAAAAUCAUGGAAAAAGAUCGUGAAGAAACCAACAAAAUGUUGAGCGCCUUUUUAGAGGCAAUGAAAGCACCGCAGCCUAUUAUGCCAGUUUAUUGUCAACCAUCGCAGAGCACAAACCCAUCACAACCCUCAACGUUUUUCUUCAGCCCCUUUAAACCUAAAAACAACAAUCGUGAUGUGGAAUAAUUACCCGUUUCUUAAGGUCUGAUUAUGCAUACUUCGCAUAACUUCGCACAACCAUUUGUGCCAGUGCAAUAAAAAUGUAACUUAA